AAAAAAAAAAAAGAAAAAAAUUUAUAUGAAAAGAUGGAUUUAGAACAAUCAAACUAUACGUAAACAAAGGAUGAAUGGUUGAAUAGUAGUGGUUACUUGGAACUUUGUCAAAAGGAUUGGAUGCUUGAAAAACAUUCUACUUCUCUGACUGACUCUCUCCGAUUCUUUCUUUUCGGAGCUUUUGGGUCUUCGUUGGCUGUCUCUCCCUACUCCCUAGUCCCUCCCUUCAAACCGCCUUUUUUUAGUCUAAAAAAUAGAACCACUUCUCCAUCUGCUGCUCAUAAUCUCUCUCAAAUAGUCUCUGUUUUUCUCUCUGUAAAUACCAAGAACAGAUCACCAUCAUCAUCAUCGUCAUCAUCAAUGGCGGCAAACAAGUUUGCAACGAUGUUGCAUCGAAACACGAACAAGAUCACGCUUAUUCUCAUCUAUGCUGUUCUCGAAUGGAUUCUGAUCGUCCUUCUUCUUCUUAACUCUCUUUUCUCUUAUCUAAUCGUGAAAUUUGCAGACUACUUCGGCCUCAAGAGACCCUGCCUCUGGUGUUCUAGGCUCGAUCACAUUUUUGAGUCUGAGAAGGGCAAGACUUCUUACAGAGGUCUUGUGUGUGAAACCCACGCUGCGGAGAUUUCGAAACUGGGGUACUGUUCGAAUCAUCGGAAGUUGGCUGAAUUGCAAGAUAUGUGUGAGGAUUGCUCGUCCUCAUCGCGGCCUGAUUAUUGUGAAUUAUCGAAAAAGAUCGCUUUCAUUCCAUGGGUGAAGCAGAUUGGUAUGAUUCAGAGUGAUGGUGAGAAGAUUGUGGAAAAUGGGGAGGUAAAUUUGAGGUGUUCCUGCUGUGAUGUUAGCUUGAACAGCAAAUUCUACUCUCCUUAUUUUCUGAUCAAACCCUCUUGGGGGGUUUUGGAUUAUACUCAGAAAGGGAAUUUGAUAACCGAAACUGGGAUCGACGAUGGCAUUGACGAAGUCGAUAAUUCCGAUAGAAGCAGAUCGGAUUUUGCGGCUGAUCGAUGCGAGGAAGAUGAGGGGACUAAUGGAAACAAGGGAAAUCAGAUACUUUCUGAUGUUGAUGCAAGCUCUGGAACAAGAGAAGAGGAGGCAGAGGAGGAUUGUUCAUAUUCCGUAUCUAAUUUUGGUUGCAGGGAGACGAUGGCUAGUGAAGAUGAUAAAGUGGAGAUGAUCGUAGAGAAAGCGCAAGAACCCAUCAAGGAGGAAGGUACGAAGGAGGAAGGUGGGAAUUUUUGCAUCGAAGAUCCGUUUUGUGAUGGGAACAGUAGUCGAGUUUGCGCCGAGGAAGAUGCAUCUAUUAAAAUUCCGCCUCAGCAUCUUGAGUAUUACGUUGAUCGUGAUGAUUUUCGAUUGGUUCCGGUUGAGUUGAUCGAUUUCACUGCUGCCGAUAUCCAGAAUGGGUACAGAACAGAGGACGUAGGUCAAGCAAACUGGGAUCGCCGAGAAGUCAUACUGGGUUCUGAAUUUGGUGCAGAGGCGCAAAUUGAAUCAAUUAUGGAGAACAAAUGCAGUCAAGGAAAGCCAGUGGCAGUAGAAUUUUGUGCUCAUGAGACUAAGGAGGAACCCGAACUGGAGUUUGCAUUGGUUGAAUCCAUGGAGAUAGAUGAGAAUGAGAAUUCUUCGACUUUACGUGGUGAAGAAGGGGAUUUAGUGUGGGAGGUAUAUCAACCUGUUGCCAUUACUCAAGCAACUCAAACCCCAUUUAAUGAUGUAGUUGAUGUUCAAGAAACUGAUGCAGCGGCCGGAGGAGAAAAGAUUUCAGAAACUAAUCCAGCAUCUGUUGAAGUGUUUCGGAUGAGGAUUGAUGAAACUGAAGUAGAGAUCUUGAUAGGGACAGAGAUGCCUGAUCAGGCACCCACAGAUAAGAUUCGAGCUCAAGAAAUUCUUCCUUCAGAUCCUUGCAUCCAGGAAGAUCCAUCGACUAGUUCUGCUAAUUUGUAUGCUGAUGAUGAUCAUUGUUCUGAGCAAGCUGAGGAAGAAACUUUGGAAUGCAAAACCAUGACAGUUGAGAUGAGUGAGCAAGCAAUAAACACUCAUUUGUUGUGUACAGAGCUUAAUGAAAUUGAGGAUGAAAUUGAGGAAGCUAAAGUGCCUAAUUCACCCGCUUCCAUUGAAGGUCCUACGCCAGCCGAGGAAGAAACAUUACAAUGCAAAACCAUACUUGUUGAGACAAGUGAGCAAGCUAUAGACACUCAUUUCUCAACAUGUUUAGAGCUUAAUGAAAUCGAGGAGGAGAGAGUUCCCGAUACACCCACUUCCAUUGAUGGGCUCAAUCACUUACACAAGAGAUUACUGCUCCUCGAGAAACGAGAAUCAGGAACUGAAGAGUCUUUGGAUGGUAGUGUCAUAAGUGAGUUUGAAGGUGGUGAUGUUUGUCUGACCGUUGAAAAGCUGAAAUCAGCACUGAGGUCUGAACGAAAGGCUUCAAGUGUUUUAUAUGCAGAACUAGAAGAAGAAAGAAGUGCUUCCGCAGUAGCAGCCAAUCAGACUAUGGCAAUGAUAAAUCGACUGCAGGAAGAGAAGGCAGCAAUGCAGAUGGAAGCUUUGCAGUACCAGAGAAUGAUGGAAGAACAAUCUGAGUAUGACCAGGAAGCCUUGCAGCUUUUGAAUGAGCUUAUGAUAAAGAGGGAAAAAGAGAAACAAGAGCUAGAGAAAGAGCUGGAAAUAUAUCGCAAGAAGGUCUUAGAUUAUGAGGCAAGAGAAAAAAUGAUGUUAAGAAGAAUGAAAGAGGGUAGUGCCAGAAGCAGAACUUCCUCUGCAUCUUGUAGCAAUGCAGAAGAUAGUGAUGGGCUAUCUGUUGAGUUGAAUCAUGAAGAAAAGGAAGAAGAUAGCUCAUAUGGAUUUCGAGAAAGUGGCGACCACAACACCCCUGCUGAUGCAGUUCUAAGUUUGGAGGAAUCUUUGGCUACCUUUGAGGAAGAGAGGCUUUCCAUUCUUGAGCAACUGAAGGUUUUAGAAGAGAAGCUUUUCACGUUGGCUGAUGAGGAGGAACAUGACCCUAACAAUAUGAAGCCAAUUCAGCAUUCCUAUGAAGAGAAUUGCAAAGAUUUUGAUGAGAAUUGUGACCAUAGCCCUGAAGUAAAUGGUCUUGGAAAUGGAUUUUCCAAGGACAUGAAUGGAAAGCAUCACCAAGAGAGAAGAAUCUCAGGACCAAAGGCAAAGAGACUUCUUCCUCUUUUUGAUGCAAUUGUUGCAGAAACUGAAGAUGGGUUAUUGGAUGGAAAUGACAUAGUGUUUGACUCAUUCCUCUUACAAGACUCGUCAGUCACCAAGUUUGAUAUAGAGAAUAAGAAGAAUGCGAUUGAAGAGGAGGUGGAUAAUCUCUAUGAGAGGCUACAAGCUCUUGAGGCAGAUAGGGAAUUUCUAAAGCAUUGCAUAAGCUCCUUGAACAAAGGAGAUAAGGGGAUGGAUCUUCUCCAGGAGAUCUUACAACAUCUUCGUGAUCUGAGGAGUGUGGAACUCCGAGUGAGGAAUUUCAGUGAUGGUGCUCUAGUAUGACUUCAUCCUCAACAAGAGAAUAGAUUGGUCUUUUCAAGUUGAUUUAACGUCAGUGAAUUUGGACACGAGCACCCACCACUCUGCAUUGAUGAAAUGAAAAGCUGAUUGUACCCUGAGCCUUCCAAAAAUUCAACAGGAAGUCCCUUGAUGGAGAGGAAGCUCCUGUUAUGGUCUGUUUUGGUGAUAAUGGUGGACCAAGAAAUUGAGGUCUGCCUACUUUUCCUGGUUUUUGUAUCCAAGUGAGCCCAAAUUUUUGUGGGUUGUGCCCAUCACCAACUUUCGAGGGAAAGGUGGUUGAUGAGUGUAUGUGUGUGUAGGCUAGUGAGGUGAAGCCACCCUGUCAUUUGUAUGUCGUUGUGAGAAAAGGUCUGGCUUGCAAAGCUGGAGAGAUCCAACAAAGAUUCCAGUGCCAGGCACAUAGCAUUAGUUUAUUAUAGACAGUUAGAACUAGGAUUUUUUUUUUCUUUCUUUCUUCAUUUUUUAAUUUUUUUUUUCCUUUUUCAGAGAAGGAAAGAAGGGGUAAGUAACUCCCUUUUUCUUUCUCACCUUUGCAUCAUUUCAUCAUAUGGGGUUUGUUUAUCAUUUGAGGGGCAAAGUUGGAUUACUUGUAUACUAUAUGUAUCCAUUUGUAAGUAUAUAAAGUGAGUGUUUGUUUA